ACACCCAUGCUUAAUACAAUUCUAAUUCGACCGGCGCUAUUGAUUACAAGGGGCAGAAAGUUUCGUGGAACAUGAGUUUCACGUGCACUGAUCAAUAUGCCUGUCGGGACGGCCGCUGCCGCAUGGCGUGUCACCCCAGACACAGCUGAUUCCACCCCUGCCCCCUUAGUUCGUUCACCCCUCACCCCUCGCCCUUAUGCACCCUCGUACUUUCCAUCUCUACAAUAAGAGAAAUAUUUACGUUAGCGUUCCCCUCCGGCACUUGUUUAAGGAAAUCCCAAUUUUACCUCCAUAAACAAUUUGUUUCGUAUUUAUGUUCAUACGAAAACAAGAUUAGCUUGCCAGUACUGAGGGAUUUAGGAGAGAUACGAGCAAUCUAAAGACGUUUUAGGUACGUUUGAAAUCUCGAUGGCCACGAGCCAAAUGUCGUAGUAUUACGUCAAUUGUAUCAACGAAAAAUAUACAUGGGUAAUCAUGUAUUCUCGGAAAAGUGCAGCUUCUUCGGUGACAUACAAAGCAGUGUCGCAAAUAACCGGUAGUACAUCGGAAGUACAGAGUGGUUACACAGAGCAACAGCAGAAACUUUACACGCAAUACAUGACCCAGUUAAAACUCGAGUUCGAGGAACGAUGGUGCAAAAAACCAACAUUCAACAUGUGCUUUGAAGACCUAGAACAGAUAAGAACGCUGGGCACGGGCGCAUUUGGCAGAGUAGUGUUAUUAAAACACUCUAAAAGUUAUAGAUUUUACGCGAUGAAAGUACUCGACAAGGAGAAGAUAGUUAAAAUGAAACAAGUGGAACACUCCUUGAACGAAAAACGGAUACUCGAGGCCAUACGCUUCCCGUUCACUGUGUCUAUGGAAUUUAGCCACAAGGAUAACAGUUAUAUUUAUUUCGUUAUGCCCUUUGUGCCUGGAGGAGAAAUGUUUAUGCAUUUGAGACAGAUGCAUAAGUUUGAGGAACCUUUGGCUAAGUUUUAUGCCAGCCAAGUUAUCCUGGCACUGGAGUAUCUGCAUUUCUGCAAUCUUAUCUACCGCGAUUUGAAGCCUGAAAACAUAUUGAUAGACAGGACUGGCUACUUGAAAAUAACAGACUUUGGAUUCUGCAAGCAAGUGCAUGGCAGAACGUGGACUCUGUGCGGUACUCCUGAAUAUUUAGCACCAGAAUUGAUUUUGAGCAAAGGCUAUGGCGCGUCAGUAGACUGGUGGUCUUUCGGUGUUCUGUUAUUCGAAAUGAAUUCAGGAUAUCCCCCAUUUUAUGCAAGCGAUCCGAUGAAGACUUACGAAAAGAUUGUCGCCGGAAAAUAUAGAUGUCCAUCGAGCUUUAACUCAAGUUUAAGAGAUUUGAUUAGAAAUACGCUACAGGUUGAUAUAACUAAAAGAUUCGGAAUGAUGAGAAAUGGUGUGCUGGAUUUUAAAAAUCAUCCAUGGUUCAAAGGCAUAGAAUGGGACUCGAUUUUAAAUUGCAGAACAGCCCCUCCCUUUAUACCUAAGUAUAAGACUCCAGGAGAUACGAGCAAUUUCGACCGCUACGAAGAAGAGCCGAUAGUUCCUGCUAGGACGUGCCGCUAUGAGUCGCAGUUUAUUGAUUUUUAGUCUAACAAUAAAUAGAUUUACAUUGG